UCAACCAACUUUGCCUAUAAAAUGAUACAUACUUUCUUAAUGUUUCACCACCAAACAAAUUCAGCUCCCUCUCUCUAUUAAUGGAUUCCUUCCCUAUAAUGGCAUCAAGAUCCCAAAUGUUGAAGACAUUAGUGGUAGUGUUAUUGGGGGUGGUUUUAAGCAGCCCAGGAUGGGUUGAGGGGAUAAGGAUUGUUGAAGAUGAAAACAGCAAUAAUUUUUAUGAGUUGGAGUAUUCAGCUAUAAACUGCAGGGCUCAUGCUGCAUCCAUUACAGAUUUUGGAGGGGUUGGGGAUGGCAAAACACUCAACACGAAAGCGUUUCAGAACGCUGUGAAUGAGUUGAGCCAGUAUGCAGACCAGGGUGGUGCUCAGCUCUUCGUCCCCGCUGGUCGCUGGUUGACUGGAUCUUUCAAUCUCACCAGCCAUUUCACUCUUUUUCUUGACAAGGAUGCUGUUCUUCUUGCUUCUCAGGACAUAAGCAGUUGGGGAGUGGUGGAGCCAUUACCAUCAUAUGGUCAUGGAAGGGACACUUCUGGUGGAAGAUAUAUCAGCCUCCUUUUUGGCUCAAACCUUACUGAUGUUGUCAUUACAGGAAACAAUGGGACAAUUGAUGGGCAGGGAGAACUUUGGUGGCAACAAUUUCACAAGAAGAAGCUAAAAUACACAAGGCCAUAUCUAAUUGAAAUCAUGCACUCUGAUAAUAUUCAGAUCUCAAGUUUAACCCUUCUUAAUGCUCCUACAUGGAAUGUUCAUCCUGUUUACAGCAGCAAUGUAAUCAUUCAAGGUCUCACAAUCAUAGCUCCAGUAACAUCUCCAAACACUGAUGGAAUCAACCCAGAUUCUUGUGCAAAUGUGAGGAUUGAGGACAACUACAUAGAAUCUGGAGAUGACUGUGUGGCAGUUAAAAGCGGUUGGGACGAAUACGGUAUAAAGUACGGCAUGCCUACCGAACACCUGAUCAUCCGGCGACUCACCUGCAUUUCGCCGUACAGCGCGGCAAUAGCGCUGGGGAGCGAAAUGUCCGGCGGGAUUCAGGACGUUAGAGCCUCAGACAUCACGGCCAUCAACACAGAAUCCGGCGUGAGAAUCAAAACCGCCGUAGGCCGCGGCGGCUUCGUCAAGGAUAUAUACGUCAAGGGGAUGACACUACACACCAUGAAAUGGGUGUUUUGGAUGACAGGGAACUACGGUUCUCACGCCGACAAUAAUUACGACCCCAACGCCUUGCCGGAGAUCAAAGGGAUCAACUACAGAGACGUGGUGGCCGACAACGUGAAGAUGGCCGCCCGCCUGGAGGGGAUUUCCGGCGACCCCUUCACCGGAAUCUGCAUGUCCAAUGUCACCAUAUCUAUGGCACAGAAGGCCAAGAAAUAUCCAUGGACCUGUACUGAUAUUCAGGGAACUACCAGUGGAGUGGUUCCAAAACCCUGCGAAUCCCUGCCUGAUCAGGGCUCGGAAAAGCCUGAAAUGUGUGAUUUUCCGGCAGAGAAUCUGGAAAUCGAAAACAUAGAGUUCCAGAAAUGUUCUUACAGAAUAUAUUAUUGAUGAGUGAUCCUUCACCCUCAGAUAAUAAUAUAUACAUAAUGUAAUGAUGUACCAAACUUCUUGCUUUCAGCUAUGAAUAUAUAUAUGGAGCCCAUGCUUCAAUUGGCAA